AUGUAAUAGAGAGCACCUCAAAAGCAAAAGUAUAAAGCACUUGACGGAAAGCAUUACAUAUUCAAGGCAGGUUGGGAGUUCCAAAAAGAAAUAGUAUUCGGUUCUCCACCUAACGGUUAUCUCGACUAUGUCUACAUCUAUAAAAAUUGGGAUGAUUACACAUAAAAUAUGACAAUUCACAUAUGGGAUUUCAUCAUAAGAUACUGCUACAAAUUUCUCAGAUACACAAGAGAAGAUCUCACAUCUCUCAAUCAAUACCUUAAAGUAGUAAAGUAGUAUACUUGCUUCAGAUAUUCAAGAGGCAAAGUAAUGCCAUGGACAGCUGCUAUUCUGUUUUUCUUCUCAAAUGUUUACCUUAAAAAGCUUGAGAUCACUAUUGAUAAGAUUCUGCAAGUCAUUUAAAUGCCAAAUCUUAAGGAUUUUAAAAAGUGCUAUGAAUACCUUAAAGUUGUAUUCAUCUAAAACGAGAAGUAAAACACCUAUCCUAAUGUAGAUUAGAUACUAUAUGAGGUUUUGAAGGAACUGAAUGAAUCACAUAAAGUCACAGUGAUCAGAGAAUGCUCCAACGAAAUCUCUAAGAAAAUUCUCACUGAGUAUAUAUUUCUAUCUUUCUUGAAUCAGACUCCCUAAAAUCAAAAUUAGUUUGCUAAUUAAGAUUAUAUUGCUUGCAUCCUAGCUAUAAUGAUAGCAUUCGAUCUCUAUGGUGCUCCACAGAGCAUUGAAAAAUUGAUUUUGCUAAUGGAUUAACUAAAACCAGAAUUGAGAUUUGUUAUUAAGGUAGAUGAUAUAAUUAGAUAUUAUGGUGAACUAUAUCCUGAUGUUUAAAAUCUAAUACCAGCUUGGAUUGUUCCAAGAUCUGAUUUUAAGGAACUCACAAAGCCAGAAAAAGUUAAGAGAUGA